AUGGGACUCGAUCAUACACCAGAGAAGAAGGAUGACGAUAACGACUUUAAGCUCCUGGUUCACCAGCGUGGCCAAAUCAAGCGGAGAGUCACACUUAUCAACCGCACUCUGAAGGAAGCCGAAGAAGACCCUACAAAGGUGACUCCAACACUCCUAAAGGUCUUCGCGAAAAAGCUCGAUGUACACUAUCAAGAGUACACCACUGUCCAUCGAGAGAUUAUGGAAGCAUGCCCACCAUCGAAGGUAGAAGAGCAAGACGAAAUGCUUAUGGCCUUUGAUAUUCUCCACACCGAGGCGAUGGAGAGACUCGAGCAGCAAUCCGUGUCACUGCCGCAAACCGCUGUUCCAGUAAAUAGCACGGUUCAUACCCCGAUAAUGGUGCAACAUCAACCACUGCGAGCUCCGAUUCCCAGCUUUGAUGGGAAGGUGGAAAACUGGCCAAAGUUUCAGACGAUGUUUGAGGACAUUGUCGGUCGCAGCAACGUUUCCGAUGCCAUGAAGCUUCAUCAUCUGGAUAAGGCACUAGUCGGCGAUGCUUCUGGAUGGAUAACAGCAAAGAUGAUCCAGGAUAACAAUUUCCAGCUGACCUGGAAACAACUGAAGGAGCGAUUCGAGAACACUCGCGUUAUCGUUGACACCCAUCUAGUUGGACUUUUGGAAUUGAAGGCUAUUCCAAAGAGGAACCACAAGGAUCUAACAGAGCUGGUAAAAACUGUAAACCGGCACGUUGGAGGUUUGCAGUACCAAAACAUCAAAGUCGACGCGAUGUCUGGUUUGCUGCUAACUAAGAUCAUCACUGCUCGGCUAGACGACCAGACGCUCCAACUGUGGGAAAGAACGCAGGAACACGGAAAACUACCAGACUUCGAGCAGAUUAUGAAAUUCCUGCAAAGCGAAUGCCAAGUUCUGGAAAGGUUCCAGAAUCGACCCCAGGCAGCCACCGUGAAGGAGGGAAACCAUAAGCAGUCGACUGGAAGGAUGCAGCUUCGAGAAGACUUGCCUGAACUUCAAGAGACGCAUUUUGGAUGGGUCGUGGCAGGAGAUGUCGAAGAACUAAAAAACGACCAACAAAGCUGCAUCGCCACCACCGCCUCAUUGCCCGAGACCAUGAAGAGGUUUUGGGAGGUUGAGGAGAUCGAAGAUACCGAUCAACCCACGGAGCAUGAGGCGUGUGAAAGGGUGUUCCGAGAAACUCACCACCGAGACGAGGACGGAAGAUAUGUUGUCGCCCUGCCCUUUCGUGAGUUUCCACCUCAGUUGAAGGUCAACCGAGAGCUGGCACUGCGUCGCUUUCUCUCACUUGAGCGACGUAUGAAGAAGGACUCCUCUCUGAAGCAGCAAUAUGCCAAAUUCAUCGACGACUACGAAGCUCUCGGUCACUGCCAUGAGAUCAGGGAAGACCUUGACGAACCAGACAAAGCCUGCUUCUACAUGCCUCAUCAUGCGGUUCUACGACCAUCUAGCUCCAGCACCAAGCUCCGUGUGGUCUUCGAUGGAUCUGCUAAGGCCGCUCCAUCUGAUGUAGCUCUCAACCAAGCCCUGAUGGUGGGAGCGACUGUACAGAACGAUAUUUUCGUCAUCCUCAUCCGAUUCCGGAGACAUAUCAUCGUCUUCACUGCCGACAUAUCCAAAAUGUAUCGGCAGAUCAAGGUGGUUCCAGCGCACUCGUGCUUCCAGCGAAUCUUCUGGCGUGCUGAUCCAGCUCUUCCUCUUCGCGUAUUGGAAUUAACAACGGUGACGUAUGGGACAGCGUGUGCCCCAUUCCUCGCAACUAGAUGCCUGCUGCAGCUGAGCUACGAUGAAGCUAUGAGAUUCCCAAGGGCUGCCAAAAUCAUCCGAGAAGAUUGCUACGUCGACGACAUUCUGUCUGGAGCAAACAGCGUAUCAGAAGCUCUCGAGUGUCAGAGCGAGCUCCUUGGCAUCCUGAAUUCCGCUGGGUUUCCUGUCCACAAAUGGAGCUCCAACUCACCAAGGCUGUUACAGCACAUCCCUGAAGGUGACCGAGAGGAGUUGGUAGAUCUGAGCCACGGCUGCGAAGGAGUACUGAAAACAUUAGGACUGACUUGGAGUCCGCAUCAAGAUGAAUUCGCAUUCGUUGUCAAUCAGGAUGCAGAAACGUCGUUCUUUCCAACCAAACGAUCCAUCCUGUCUGAGAUAAGCAAGCUGUUUGACCCGAUCGGCCUGCUUUCACCAGUGAUCAUCAUCGCCAAGCUCAUUAUGCAGAAGAUUUGGUUGGCGGGACUCCCAUGGGACACCUACCUCGAAGGAGACUUGUUGCAGGAGUGGCUGCAAUUUCGGACAUCACUGAAAACCGUAAACCACAUUCGGAUUCCCAGGUGCGUCGUGAUGCCGAACCACAUCGCUGUUGAACUUCAUGGAUUUUCGGAUGCAUCUAAGUUAGCCUACGGAGCAGCGUUGUAUGUGCGUUGUAUCUUCCCUGACGGAACUGCAAGUCUUCGAUUAGUUUGCAGCAAAUCCAAGGUUGCUCCUGUGAAACAAGUCACCAUUCCCCGAAUGGAGCUGCUGGGAGCUCAGCUUCUGGCGAAGUUGAUCUCCAAGGUCCUGGGAUCCUGCGACUACAACACCAGCAAUGUAGUCCUCUGGCUGGAUAGUCAGAUCGUUCUCGCUUGGCUGAAGAAACCGCUUACAUCCCUGCAAGUGUUCGUGCGGAACCGCAUCGAAAAAAUCCGUCAACUCACCGAACCGUUGAGAGUACAGUGGAGGUAUAUCUCAACAAAGCAGAAUCCAGCAGACAUUGUGUCCCGCGGUAUGCUGCCAGAGGCCUUACGGACAAACGAACUUUGGUGGUUGGGCCCAAAGUUCCUCCAAAGCGCGGAUUAUGAAGUAGAGUUUCCUGAUGAGUUACCUGAUGACGGCCUUCCCGAAUUGAGAGCGACACCCAUCGCUGCCACACCGGCAGUAAACAAACCCAACUUACCUGUCCUUUCAAAGUACAGCUCUUUUCGAAGACUCCAGCGAGUAAUCGCUUUAGUUCGACGCUUCAUCCUUAACUGCCGUGAGAAGGACGUUUCGAAGCGUGUCACCAACCGUUUUCCCACUGUUGUGGAACUUCGAGACGCCCAGGACAUCAUAGUCCAACUUAUUCAGCGUGAAACGCUAGCUGACGAAAUCCAACGAGUGGAAAGCAACGAAUCUUGUAAACGAAUUUACGCCCUGCACCCGAUAAUUGUCAACGGAGUCCUGCGUGUCGGCGGAAGAUUACAGCAUUCCGACCUCCCGCUGUCCAAUAAACAUCAGAUUCUGCUUCCGAGGCAUCCAGUUACCGAUCUCAUCAUACAGGCGUAUCAUCAAGAGCUUCUACACAUCGGACCAUCCGGAAUGCUUGCAGCCAUUCGUCAGAAGUUUUGGCUUAUUGAUGGACGAUCAUCUGUUCGAAAGAUAACAAGAUCCUGUGUCCGCUGCUUCCGAUCCAAGCCACGAAGUUCCAGCCAGUUAAUGGGCAACCUUCCUUCAUGCCGAGUAACUCAAGCGCAUCCAUUCGAGAAGGCUGGAGUUGAUUACGCCGGUCCAGUACUCGUCAAGGAGGGCCGGUAUAAGCCUCGCCUUGUUAAGGCUUAUAUUGCCGUUUUCGUGUGCAUGGCAACGAAAGCAGUCCAUCUAGAAUUAGUCUCGGAUAUGUCGAGCGAGGCCUUCCUUGCAGCGUUCCAUCGGUUCACCAGUCGGCGAGGGUUAAGCAAGGAAAUCUUUUCGGACAACGGAUGCACCUUCAAGGGAGCCAAUUCGAAGCUACACGAGCUAUACCAACUCUUCCGAAACCGAGCAACCAUCGAGCUCCUUCAGGAUUACUGCCAGACGAAGGAAAUCGUAUGGCAUUUCAUCCCACCCGAAGCUCCAAAUUUUGGAGGACUUUGGGAAGCCGCUGUUAAGAGCACCAAGUAUCACCUCAAGAGAACGCUGAAGGACGCCAAGCUAACCUUCGAAGAGUACGCUACGGUACUGACCCAAGUGGAGGCGAUCCUGAACUCACGACCGCUGUUCGCUAUUUCCUCUGAUCCUUCGGACCCAGAGGUCAUUACGCCAGGACACUUCCUGGUGGGUCGUCCUCUGAUUGCAACCCCGGAACCCAGCUACAACAAUGUACCGAUGAAUCGAUUAUCCCGAUGGCAAUACCUUCAACAGCUACGAGAGAAAUUCUGGCAACAAUGGAGGAAGGACUACCUGCAGAGCCUGCAGCCCCGCAGUAAACAUCAACGGACACAUCCUAACAUCCGCCCUGGAAUGAUUGUGCUGGUUGAGGAGAGAGAUCUGCCAUCACAAUCCUGGAAGAUGGGCAGGAUCAUCACCACGUACCCUGGAUCAGACAAUCUUUUCACAACGAACCGGCAAGAGUUCAAUCCGACCCGGCAAACGGUCAACUACAGUUCCAAUCUGACCCGGCAAACGGUCAAUAAAGUGAAAAUAAAGUUCCUAGGUUAA